AUGGACAACGAAUUUUAUAACGAAUUUUUGAGGGCGUUUGCCCCGGUCGCUCCAGUUACCGUUGCCGAAACUGUUGGUAUCGAGAAUGAAACGAGAACUUUUCAAAAACCUCUAAAGUCUAAUAACAGUCCGAGAAGAAAAUCAAUUUUUAAGUCAUCAGAAAGUGAUGAAGACACUGAUGAUGAGGAAGAGUAUAUUAAUAAAGCUAGAAAACAUUUAGAUCCUUAUAGUUCUAAUUUGUACUUUGCAGAUAAAAUAGAGAUAUUGAAAGAAAAACGGGCUGCUAAACUGAAGAGAGAAAUGGAAGCAAAAAGGGUUGUUGAAGAGAAAAUUGAAGUCCAGAUGGAAGCUGGAAAGGCAAAAGUUGAAGAAAAACCGGCAGAGAAGGUUGAGGUUGAAGAGAAUGAAGUGAAGAUAGAAGUUGAGAAAGAACCGAUUGUGAUUGAAAAAGUGGUGGAGAAAAUAAUUGAAAAAAUCGUUGAAGUUGAAAAGAUUCUCAAAGAAAAUUUGUUGCACAAUGUGAGAAGCAUAAAAGAAUCAUAUGAUCUUCUAAGCAGCAAAGUGAACUUGUACAAAGGAGCUUAUGAUGAGGAUAUUCAGAUGAAGAAUCUUCUGAAAGCAACAGUUCUUCAAAAGCAAACUGCAAUCAACAAAUAUAUCGAGAUUAUUGCUGGGCUGAAACAAGAAUUGGCAGCGAUGACGAUCGAAACCGAAAGAUUUGCAGAUGAUGAAGAAAAUUCUGGUAAGAAAACUAGUUUGAAGUAUAACAGAGUUCCAAAUCCUAUGUGGGAUGGCUAUACCCCCCGACACUUUGAAAAGGUGGCUGAAGCACUCAAUCUGAAUCUGAAAUCCGAGUCUAUCGAUGGAUUACCAGAUAAUAUUGAUGUCACCUUCAUAGCAUCUGACACUGGAGCAAGUUCAGAAGAAGAGAAGGAGAAACCUUUCUGGAACCAGUCAAACAAGGAGUUUCUCGCCGAAAAACAAAAGAAUGUGAUGAUGGAAUCUGAACCGAAAGUUGAAAGAAGAACCUGUUUCAGAUGUCAAGAGAUGGCUGAUGGAAAGGUGAAGGGAGUGAAAGAAUUUUAUGAAUCGAAAAUUGUUAAACCAAAUGAUGAUGGAUCACCCAUGAUUGAUCAGGCAUGGGUUUUAGGGUUUCCAGGACGGUUUUCGGUUGAUUGUUUUGAAGAAUUUUGGCUGAGAAACUUGAAGAUUCGAAGACUAUUUGUGUUGGAGAAGAGAUAG